CCCAAUUUGGGGGUGUAUUUUCACGGCUGUCAAUCUCGCAGUCCUCGUAUGCAUGCAGAUGGAUUUCUCAUCUUUUCUUAAGUGGCAUACCAUGGUCCUGCAGCAUUGCACGCAUCCUCUUUUGCUCUGUUUUGGUUGGUCAAGAACCUGGUCCUUCUCCUACGCGGCGCCCCCAGCAGCUUUUCAAUUGGAUCCCCAGCGGCAACCCACGUCUACAAAUUAUAACUAUCGCAGAUCGUUGGGACCGAAACUCUUCAAUGUCGGUAAUAUUGCGAUGGACCCUUCAAGCCCUCGGCGAGGGCAUUUUGCUUAAUUCGCGGUAUAUCUGUUUCGGCUUGAUGAUUUUUCAAGUAAUAUUAUUAUGCGCCUUUUCUUCAGCGACCUGGCGGAUCAUGGACGCACUUUGGUCACAAGUCAGAACGCUUCGAGAAUGCGCCUCACGUAGACGCUUAUUGUCAGCUGCAAUCAACCAAAACGUUCGCCAGGAAACCCCUACACUCGAAGAAUUGACUGACCAAAUACAUCUCUGUCACCGAGGGUCGGUGUGGAACGCCGAAGUGACUGACUCGUUAUGGCAAUCCAGUCUGUUUGAAGACCGCCGAGAAGAUUGGGAAAAAAUCGAUGAGCUGAUACUGAAACAAAAACAUGCUUCCCUACGACGGUAUGCUUCUAACGCUCUAUGUCAGGCAACCUUGAUCAUCGUGACUGUAUCGGCGUACCUGUCACUCACCAUGAUUACGGUCACCAAUGCUCUCGAUGUCCCUCGUCGUACUCGACUCUUGGAUUUUCAAGUGAUCGUGGUCGUAUGGCAAAACGUCAUCUGGAAUUGCGGAUUGGGUAUCUCUUUGGGUGUGAUAUCAUGCAUCAUGGUCUUUUCGCCUACACCAGCCCCGAUACAAGAGGAGCACGCUCUCAAAUCUCUUUAUGACGAGGAUUCCUGAUUUUUUUUUCAAAGCUACCGGGGGGCUCAGUCGCUCCAUACCCAUUCACGACUAGUCUUGUUUUUGUCUGAUCCAUUUUCUUGUAGUCUCUUCUUGAUGUGGAUACUACUCCAUUGAGACUACCAUCUGGCAGAAUGCGCACGGCUUUGAACUGUCAUAUCAGGAAGCUUCAGGAGGUCACUAUAGGAAAAUCCCGCUUUCAUUAUCAUAGGCCUUGACUAUUUUCUUUUUUACCCUCUAUGGCCAAUAAAUUGUGUUUUACAAAGCUUUUGUCUGGUUUUUGAUGCAAGGGUUUUGAUCUUUGAAUAGGGUUCCAUCAUAAGUCGUACUUUCGUUUCAAUGUAAUACAUCAAUGCACCAAGAUCAUACGUAGUAGUUUCUCUUUGUGUGUAAGACAUUUUCAACUUGAAUAUCCUGAGUUUGUCCCACUCUAAUAUCCUCUC